CUAAUCUUUUCCUAACCUUGUCUAGAUUCUUCCGUCGUUUCACCGGCCUCGACAUCACUUUGUCUGUACGGACUUGGGCCACAGCAGUCAAAGCCAGCCGAGCGUUCCCAUAAGUUACCUGUGCGGGCAUCCAUCGAAGAGCUUUGCCUAGCAUGGGUGUCAUCAAGGUCACUGAGGAUUUUGAUGACCGACAAGUACACCUUGAUGCGGAGGCGGAGCAGUAUCACCCCUAUGAGUAUCAAACAGAGAACAACGAUUCCUGGGCCGGUGCCCUACCGGUGAAGCAGGGGUUGUAUGACCCGUCUCUCGAGAAGGAUGCUUGCGGAGUAGGCUUUGCCUGUCAUAUCAAGGGCAAGCCUAGCCACAAGAUUGUCAGCGAUGCACGGAACCUCCUCUGCAACAUGACCCAUCGCGGUGCGGUGGGGUCCGAUGCACGAGAUGGCGACGGUGCGGGUGUUAUGACGUCCAUUCCUCACAAGUUCUUCAUCAAGAACUUUGAGCGAGAACAGGGAAUCAAGCUUCCCCCUCUGGGCCAGUACGCUGUGGGGAACUUGUUCUUCAAGCCGGAUCAGGAGACGUUGCACGAGUCGAAGCGGCAAUUGGAAGAUAUUGCCGAGUCCUUGGGCCUGAGGGUCCUGGGAUGGCGAGAGCCUCCCGUGGAUUCUACUCUCCUUGGUCCCGCUGCUGCCUCCCGCGAGCCCAUCAUCCUCCAGCCUUUUGUCGUCUUGCAGUCCGCAUACGGCACAGGCAACGCCCCAGAGACGACAGACCCGGAGAAGUUUGAUGAGAGGCUCUUCGAGAGGCAGCUCUAUGUCCUCCGGAAGCGGGCCACUCAUACUGUCGGGCUUCAGAACUGGUUCUACAUCUGCUCCCUUUCCAACAAGAACAUUGUCUACAAGGGGCAGCUGGCGCCGAUUCAGGUGUACCAAUACUACCAUGAUUUGGUGAAUGCCGAUUAUGAGGCUCAUUUCGCCCUCGUGCACUCCCGCUUCUCUACCAACACGUUCCCUUCCUGGGACCGUGCCCAGCCUCUGCGGUGGGCGGCUCACAAUGGUGAGAUCAACACUCUCCGCGGGAACAAGAACUGGAUGCGCGCACGUGAAGGAGUCAUGCAGUCCGACGUCUUCGGUGACGAGCUGGAGCUGCUCUAUCCCAUCGUCGAGGACGGCGGCUCCGACUCCGCUGCCUUCGACAACGUGCUCGAGCUUCUGACCAUCAACGGGGUGCUCUCUCUCCCCGAAGCCGUCAUGCUGAUGGUGCCUGAAGCUUGGCAGGGCAAUGCACUGAUGGAUCCCAAGAAGGCCGCAUUCUACGAAUGGGCUGCCUGCCAGAUGGAGCCAUGGGACGGCCCCGCUCUCUUCACCUUCGCCGAUGGUCGUUUCUGUGGUGCCAAUCUGGACCGCAACGGUCUCCGGCCAUGCCGCUUCUAUGUCAUGGACGAUGACCGCAUCAUUUGCGCUUCGGAGGUCGGCACCAUUCCCGUUGAUCCUGAGCGGAUCGUGCAGAAGGGUCGCCUCCAGCCCGGCCGCAUGCUUCUCGUGGACACCAAAGCGGGACGCAUCAUUGAUGACAGCGAGUUGAAGGCUGCUGUCUCGUCCCGUUGCGACUUUAGGAAGUGGCUCGAUGAGAAUCUGAUCACGAUGCCUGCGGUUGUCAACAAGGUGUCCGAAAUCAAAGCCGACGCCCUGGGCCCGAAGCUUGAUGACAAGAGGGUACAGGAGGAUCCCUUGCUUCAUGCUUUCGGCUACACCUUUGAGCAGGUUAGCCUUCUGCUUGCUCCCAUGGCGUCGGACGAGAAGGAGGCCCUCGGCUCUAUGGGCAACGAUGCUCCUCUGGCAUGCCUGUCGGACGCCCCCAAGCUGCUCUACGAAUACUUCCGACAGCUGUUCGCGCAAGUCACUAACCCGCCCAUCGACCCAAUCCGCGAGUCGAUUGUCAUGUCGCUGGAUUGCUAUGUCGGUCCUCAGGGCAAUCUCCUCGAGAUGGAUCCAUCUCAAUGCGGCCGGCUGCUCCUUGAGAGCCCCAUCCUGUCCAUUGAGGAGUUCAACGCCUUGAAGAACAUGUCCGCACUCUACCCGGAAUGGACCGUCAAGACCAUCGACAUCACGUUCCCGAAGGCCGAGGGUGUUCAGGGUUACAUCAAGCACCUCGACUACAUCUGCAACGAGGCCACUGCGGCCAUUGAGGCACGAGACCGCAUCAUUGUCCUGUCUGAUCGGAACACGUCCAAAGACCGGGUUGCGGUCUCCGCUCUUCUUGCCUCCGGCAUGGUUCACCAUCACCUCGUCUCCAACAAGUGGCGUUCCAUGGUUGCGCUUGUCGUCGAGACCGCCGAGGCCCGCGAAGUGCACCACAUGUGUGUCUUGCUCGGCUAUGGUGUGGACGCUAUCAACCCUUACCUGGCCAUGGAGUGCAUCCUGAAGCUCAAUCGCGAAAAGCUGAUCAAGAAGAACCUCUCGGACGAGGCGCUUAUCCGGAACUACAAGCAUUCGUGCGACGGCGGUAUCCUCAAGGUCAUGAGCAAGAUGGGUAUUUCAACUCUCGCGAGCUACAAGGGCGCCCAAAUCUUUGAGGCCCUCGGUGUCGAUGACAGCGUCGUCGACCGCUGCUUCCGCGGCACCGCAUCCCGGAUCAAGGGUGUCACGUUCGAGCUCAUUGCCGAGGACGCGUUCCGCUUCCAUGAACGUGGCUUCCCUUCGCGCCCGACGGUCUCCGUGUCGGCCCUUCCCGAGUCCGGCGAAUACCACUGGCGUGACGGGGGUGAGGCGCACAUCAACGAUCCGAUCUCCAUUGCCAACUUGCAAGAUGCGGUCCGUACCAAGAACGACAAGUCGUACGAGGCUUACUCCAAGUCGGAGUAUGAGCAGAUCAAGUCCUGCACGCUCCGCGGCAUGCUCGACUUCAAGUUCGAGGAGUGCACGCCCAUUCCGAUUGACCAGGUUGAGCCGUGGACCGAGAUCGUCCGGCGUUUCUGCACCGGCGCCAUGUCGUAUGGCUCCAUCUCGAUGGAAUCUCACUCCACCCUCGCCGUCGCCAUGAACCGCCUCGGCGGCAAGUCAAACACCGGCGAGGGUGGCGAGGACGCAGAGCGUUCUCAGCGGCUGGAGAACGGCGACACCAUGCGCUCGGCUAUCAAGCAGGUCGCUUCCGGACGCUUUGGCGUGACGUCUGCUUACCUCGCCGACUCGGACGAGCUGCAGAUCAAAAUGGCACAGGGCGCUAAGCCGGGCGAAGGUGGCGAGCUUCCCGGCCACAAGGUGUCAAAGUCAAUUGCGCGGACCCGCCACUCGACACCUGGCGUCGGUCUGAUCUCCCCGCCGCCGCACCAUGAUAUCUAUUCGAUUGAGGACCUGAAGCAGCUUAUCUAUGACCUCAAGUGCUCCAGCCCUCGGUCGCGCGUGUCGGUGAAGCUGGUUUCGGAGAGUGGUGUCGGCAUCGUCGCGUCUGGUGUCGCCAAGGCCAAGGCGGAUCACAUCCUCAUCUCUGGCCACGAUGGUGGUACCGGUGCCUCCCGCUGGACGGGCAUCAAGUACGCCGGUCUGCCAUGGGAGUUGGGAUUGGCCGAGACGCACCAGACUCUGGUGCUGAACGAUCUCCGUGGCCGUGUCGUCGUUCAGACUGACGGCCAGCUGCGGACCGGUCGCGAUGUAGCUAUCGCCUGUCUGCUCGGUGCUGAGGAGUGGGGCUUCGCGACGGCUCCCUUGAUUGCCAUGGGCUGCAUUAUGAUGCGCAAGUGUCACUUGAACACCUGCCCUGUCGGCAUUGCCACCCAGGACCCGGAGCUCCGCAAGAAGUUCACCGGCACGCCUGAGCAUGUCAUCAACUUCUUCUACUAUGUGGCCAACGAGCUUCGUGCCAUCAUGGCCAAGCUCGGUUUCCGGACAGUCAACGAGAUGAUUGGCCACGCCGAGGUUCUCAAGGUCCGCGACGAUAUCAAGAGCAAGAAGACAGCCAACAUCGACCUCUCGCUCAUCCUCACUCCCGCCCACAAGCUGCGGCCGGGAGUCGCGACCUUCAAUGUUCGGAAGCAGGAUCACCGCCUCUAUGUUCGCCUGGACAACAAGCUGAUCUCCGAAGCGGAGUUGACGCUCGACAAGGGCCUUCCCUCCCGCAUCGAGUGCGACAUUGUCAACACCGACCGCGCCAUGGGCACGUCCCUGUCUUACCAGAUUUCCAAGCGGUACGGAGAGAAUGGGCUGCCUAUGGACACUGUCCAUGUCAACAUCAAGGGUUCUGCCGGUCAGUCGUUCGGCGCAUUCUUGGCCCCCGGUGUCACGCUCGAACUGGAGGGUGACGCGAAUGACUACGUUGGCAAGGGCUUGUCCGGAGGUCGUUUGAUCAUCUACCCGCCGCGGUCCUCCGUCUUCAAGUCCGAGGAGAACAUCCUGAUUGGCAACGUCUGCUUGUAUGGUGCCACCUCUGGCACUUGCUUCUUCCGUGGCGUUGCUGCGGAACGGUUCGCCGUCCGUAACUCGGGUGCCACGGCGGUUGUUGAGGGUGUUGGCGACCAUGGGUGCGAGUACAUGACGGGCGGUCGCGUCGUCAUCCUCGGCAGCACCGGCCGCAACUUCGCUGCCGGUAUGUCUGGUGGUAUCGCAUAUGUUCUCGACGUCCAAAAGGACUUCCUCUCCAAACUCAACACGGAGAUGGUUGAGGCUGGCAAGAUCGAAGACCCUGAGGAAAUUGCCUUUGUUCGCGGCCUCAUCGAGGAUCACCACCACUACACGGGCUCUGAACUUGCGGCCCGCAUUCUGGUUGACUUCACCCAGGCCCUCAAGCGCUUCGUCAAGGUCCUCCCCAUUGACUACAAGCGCGUCCUCGAGGAGGAGGCGGCCAAAGCGGCCGAGGCUAAGCGGGCCCAGUACAACCUCCCGGUUCUCCCCACCGUCACGCCCAAGAAAGAGGAGAAGAAGGAGAAAGCAGCCAAGCUCCAGGAUAUCGAAGAGAGUGUGAGGGACGACGCGGCUGACAAGAAGAAGGCACUUGUCCUGGACAAGACUCGCGGCUUCAUGAAGUACCAUCGCCGGUCAGAGAAGUACCGCAACCCGAAGACGCGGACGAAGGACUGGGCCGAGCUGUCGCAGAGACUGAACGAGGACGAGCUCAAGUACCAGUCCGCUCGUUGCAUGGACUGCGGUGUCCCCUUCUGCCAGUCAGACACCGGGUGCCCCAUCUCCAACAUCAUUCCCAAGUGGAACGAACUGGUGUUCCAGAACCAGUGGCGCGACGCCUUGGAUCGCCUCCUUAUGACCAACAACUUCCCCGAGUUCACCGGCCGCGUCUGCCCUGCUCCCUGCGAGGGCGCGUGCGUUCUCGGCAUCAAUGAGGACCCGGUCGGUAUCAAAUCGAUCGAGUGUGCCAUCAUCGACCGUGGCUUUGAGAUGGGCUGGAUGGUGCCGAACCCACCCAAGGUGCGCACUGGCAAGAAGGUUGCCAUCAUCGGGUCUGGUCCCGCCGGUCUCGCGGCCGCCGACCAGCUCAACAAGGCGGGUCACACCGUCACCGUCUACGAGCGCGCCGACCGGCCGGGCGGCCUGCUGAUGUACGGCAUUCCCAACAUGAAGCUCGACAAGCGCAUCGUCAAGAGGCGCACCGACUUUAUGGCGGCCGAGGGUGUCAUUUUCAAGACGGGUGUUACCAUCGGCGAGGACAUCAAGCUCAUGGAUCUCAAGGCGUCCAACGACGCGGUCAUCAUCGCGACGGGCGCCACCGUCGCGCGCGAUCUCCCGAUUCCGGGCCGCAACCUCGAGGGCAUCCACUUCGCCAUGGAGUUCUUGCACAAGAACACCAAGUCGCUCCUCGACUCGGAGCUCGCGGAUGGCGCGUACAUCUCGGCCAAGGACAAGCACGUCGUGGUCAUCGGUGGCGGUGAUACGGGCAACGACUGCAUUGGUACGUCGGUGCGGCACGGCGCCAAGUCGGUCAUCAACUUCGAACUGCUCCCGCAGCCGCCGCCGGAGCGGGCGCGCGACAACCCGUGGCCGCAGUGGCCGCGCAUCUACCGUGUCGACUACGGCCACACGGAGGUUCGCCAGCACAUGGGCAAGGACCCGCGCGAGUACUGCAUCAUGUCGGAAGAAUUCGUGGACGACGGCAACGGCAGAGUCAAGGGUAUCAACACGGUGCGCGUCGAAUGGACCAAGUCGGCCUCGGGCGGCUGGGAGAUGAAGAAGAUCGAGGGCUCGCACCAGUUCUUCCCGGCUGAUCUUGUGCUCCUGUCCAUGGGUUUCGUCGGCCCCGAGGGCAGAGUGCUGGGCGACGAGAUCGAGAAGGACGCGCGCAAGAACGUCAAGACGGCGCCGGGCAAGUACGCCACGAACGUUGAUGGCAUCUUUGCCGCAGGUGAUUGCCGCAGGGGCCAGUCGCUGAUUGUUUGGGGCAUCAACGAGGGUCGCCAGGCUGCGCGCGAAGUCGACCUUUACCUUGAGAAGUGCACCAACUUGCCCGUGACGGGCGGCAUUGUCAAACACACCGCUGAGGAGGUGUUUGCUGCCGCUAGCAGAGCCGCAGCGGUCGACCCGGUCUCUGCUUGAGCAGUGUCUUGUUUGCGCACGCACUGCCUCAUGGCUGAGUUUGAAUAAACGAUGAGGAUAAGACAUGGUUUGGUUUCGGGACACCUUUUUUUUGUCUUUACUUAUGGCAUGGUUAUAUGAUGGGGGGGAAAUAUAGGCAUUGUUUCUGGUCCGGGGUUCUCUUUUGUUUUGAAAUCAAUCCGGCGAAAGAUAGCAUCAUCGGCAGUCGCAUCGGUCGGUCAGUCAGGGAUCGGUUGGCUGGGAGGAGCAAAGCUGGAAUCCUGAGGGUG